CUGGUACGGCCCGCGCUGUCUCCUUGGCAACGGCCCCAGCAGUCUGGGUCUCUAGCUCGCCCGGCUUGGCAAUCGAGGUGUGAGGCGGCGCCUCCGGACUCCGGGUUACUGGAGGGACCCUCGCCCUCCACCCGGAAAGGCAUUGACCAGUACUACUUGGAUGCAUUUGACCAUCUCCUAGGAGACUUGAAUGAGACUUGGAGUUUCUAUAAGUAAACAAACAGUUCUCUCUUAUUUGGAGCAAUGCUGAAAUUCCGAGAGGCUUCUAAGUGUGUGAGUGGAUCAAUAGCUGUUUCCACUUGUCCAAAGUCCUUGAUUGCGAGAAGAUACACACUUCAACAGAAACUUGGCAGCGGAAGUUUUGGAACCGUCUAUCUGGUGUCAGACAAGAAAGCCAAACAAGGUGAAGAAUUAAAGGUACUGAAGGAAAUCUGUAUUGGAGAACUCAAUCCAAAUGAGACUGUGCAGGCCACUUUAGAGGCCCAGCUCCUUUCCAAGCUGAAUCACCCAGCUAUUGUCAAGUUCCAUGCAAACUUUGUGGAGCAGGAUAAGUUCUGCAUUAUCACAGAGUACUGUGAGGGUCGAGAUCUGGACUGUAAAAUUCAAGAAUAUAAAGAAGUUGGAAAAACCUUUCCAGAGAGUCAGAUAAUAGAAUGGUUUAUCCAGCUGUUGCUGGGAGUUGACUACAUGCAUGAAAGGAAGAUACUUCAUCGAGAUUUGAAAUCAAAGAAUAUAUUUCUGAAAAAUAAUAAACUUAAAAUUGGGGAUUUUGGAGUUUCUCGACUCCUAAUGGGAUCCUGUGAUCUAGCCACCACUUUAACUGGAACUCCCCAUUAUAUGAGCCCGGAGGCUCUGAAACACCAAGGCUACGACACAAAGUCGGAUAUCUGGUCCCUGGCAUGCAUUUUGUAUGAGAUGUGCUGCAUGAAUCAUGCAUUCACUGGCUCCAAUUUCUUAUCCAUUGUUUUAAAAAUUGUUGAAGGAGACACUCCUUCUCUCCCUGAGAGAUACCCAAGACAGCUGAAUGCCAUUAUGGAAAGCAUGUUGAACAAGAGUCCUUCAUUGAGACCAUCUGCAAUAGAAAUUCUAAAACUUCCUUACAUUGAUGAACAACUACAGAUUAGACAUUCUGAUGCAGAGAAUCUGCCUUCAAUGGACCUGAUGUGUCGAUAUUCAGAAAUGGCCCUGGAAGACAAGAAUUUGAAUAGUCAGGAGGAGGCAGCUUAUAUAAUUAAUGCUGUGCAAAAAAAGAUUCACCUGCAGACCCUGCGGGCACUGUCUGAGGUGCAGAAGAUGACACCAAGAGAGAGAAUGCGGGUGAGGAAGGUCCAGGCAGCUGAUGAGGAGGCCAGGAAGCUGAAAAAGCUUGUGGAAGAAAAAUAUGAAGAAAACAACAAACGAAUGCAGGAACUGAGAUUGCGGAACUUCCAGCGGCAGACAGUGGAUGUGCUCCACGAAUGUGAUGACCCAGCUUCAGACAACCUGCCUGAAUCUCAGCCCAUUCCUUCCCUGGAUCUCUGCACACUUGGGUCAAAUGUGGAAGACACCAUACCUGACCUUGGAGAUCAUGGUAUGAAUUUGCAUCAGUGUUCAGAAGGCUGCUCUUGGAUGACAGAGAUCCCAGAAGACCCACUUGUGGCUGAAGAGUAUUAUGCUGAUGUAUUUGAUUCCUGUUCUGAAGAAAGUGAGGAGAGUGAGGAAGGAAAAACAGUAUUCUCAGUCAAGGAUGAAGAGGAUGAGGAUGAAGGACCCCAGCCUGUUUACAGGACAAACCAACAGGACAGUGAUACUGAAGCCCUGGCCAGGUGUUUGGAGCAUGUGCUGGGCUGCACCACUCUAGACACAAGGACUGCCACCAGCUCAGCUCCAGACACACCCUCAGAACCAACAAUUUUCAACAGUGCAAUGGCCAGGACCAGGAUGAAACACAUGCGGGAAAGCAGCAAUGAAUGGAGUGUAUGUAGCUCAGCUGAAGAGGCCUGAAUCUGCAUGGGAGGCACUAGCUCUGGUCUGAACAUGUUUCCCCUCAAACUCAUAUGUUGAAAUCCUAAGCCCAAAAGGAGAUGGUAUUAGUAGGUGGGGGUUUGGAGAGGUACUUAAAUCAUGAGGGUGGGGCCCUCAGGUGUGGUAUUAGUGACAUACUAUAAAAGAGACUCCAGAUUGAUCCCAGCCCCUUCUGCCAUGUGACAUGGCCCUUAGCUGUGACCCAGAAGAGGGCCUCCACCAAAAGGGGGCCACAUUGGCCCCUUGUUCUAGGACUUCCCAGCCUCCAGAACCGUGAGGAAAAAAAGUCUGUUGUUUGCAAGCCAUGGAGCACAUGCUACUUUGUUGUAGCAGACUAAACAAACUAUGACAGCACCUGAUAUAAACUUCUCGGCAGGGAAGGGACCCAGCCUCCUAAUCUAACUUCUCUGCAACUCAUAUCUCCAGAUCAAGGGCGGGAAACUCUCUUUGUAAGGGCUACAUGGUGAAUAUUUUAGGUUUCAUGGGCCAGUUAUCUCUGUUACCAUUACAGCUCUGCUCUUGUAACACAAAAGCAGCUAUGGACAAUAUGAAUUACUGAGUAUGGCUGUACUUUAGUAAAAUAUUGUUUUCAAACUGCAGUCUGAAUUUGAUAUAAUUUUUAGGUGUCACUAGGUAUUAUUCUUCCUUUGAUUUUUUCCAACCAUUUUUAAAUGUUCAAACAAUUCUUAACUCGCAAGAUAUACAGAAACAAACAGAAGGUUAGCUUUGGCCUGUGGGCUGUAUGGUUUGUAUACCACUCCUAUAGAUGUUCCAACUCAGAAACUUCUCUCUAAAAUCUACUUCCUAUAUGGGUGCUGGUUGAAUAGUUAGGAAGUUUGAUAAAAAUUAUUUUCAGUUGAUUUUCAUUUAUGUUGUUCUAUAGUACAACACAUUAUCCCUCCAGGCUGAUAUUUGGAAACAAAGGAGAAAAAAAGUACUUAAAAUUGUUUCCAAACCUCGAGCUGAUAAUAUGUUUAGAUGCCUGUUGUUUUCGAGUCUUACCUGUACCUGAGUGGUCACCUAGUAACACAGUUACCAUGGCACCAAAGAUUCCCAGGAUCUGGAAGUGAGGGAAUUUGGGUGAAACUUUCCCAUCUGCCCUUCCUUCCACUCGUUCUUUCUGGGAGGAGAUUAUGGAGAAGGCUUGCUAAUCUCCCAGUCAAUAAUCUUCAAAGGCAAGAAAAGCAACUCACUUAUUUCACCCUUAAAAUUUAAUAACGUGGUGUUGUAGUCUUAGAGUUUUGAUCUAAGACUUCAUCACUUUUGCAGAGGACACAAUAUCUCAUUUCCUAGCACAUUAUGAAAUGCUUUAAAUAAUUAAAAUAAAAGCAGUUUUGCCGCACAAAAAAAGUAACCAAGCUGCAUUCCAGUGAUUUUAUUCCUGGUGUGUUGUUCACUUCUUUAUGCUUGAUUGAAUUUGACCAAGUGCUUCCUGGCUCACUGAUACAGUUUGAGCUACUCCCCCAUGGAUGGUACUGCUCCUCUGGCAGAAUAAUGUGUUAUCCCCUUAUAUUCCACAUCACAAAGCCCCACACCAUUCCAGAACAGGCCAAGAGGAAAUUGAGGCUGUAGAGUUAAGGAUCUUCUGAGGAUGUUUGUUUCCACAGCCAGAAAAAAAUGGGAAUCGUGGGUUCUUUCCCUAUGUGGUAAUGUACUGGCUGCAUCCCCAACAUAUGGACAGCAACUGUUGGAAUUCAAAGAACAAUAAAUGACAUUUGUCCCCAGGGAGAUUAUAAUGUGGGGAAAGCACCGGACUUCAAACUGAAAAGCUAAAUAACAGCACAGUGGUUAUGUAAUCAGAGGUGAUGGUUAAGAAAAGUCCCCAACUGGGACCAUAGCCAUAUGCCAAACAGAGCAGAUGGUGAGAGUGUCAAGAUGAGAAAGGGAAUUUGAGGAUGUCUCUGGGGGAAAUAGGAACUUGGCCUCAGCCUUAACAUAGACAUAGGAUUUGAAGGAUAAAGAGAAGGAGGGAGCUGGAGCCCAGCAGACUUGGAGUCUGACUUUUAGUUCCACCAGGAGAUGGCUUUCUGAGCUCAGGCAAGUGAGUUUUUUUCCAAGGUUCAGUUUUCUCAUCUGCAAAAUGGUCAUCACAUUAUUGCCAUAGCUGAUUCCCUGGUAAGUGGACUCAGGGGUGGGGAUUUUGUGCAGGAGGUAAGUGUAGGGUAUCCUGGAGGCCAACACCUGUAGGAAGGAGGGCAAAGGAAGCAGAUAGUCUCGGUGGAGAUCUCCACUGCUUUGGCAGAGAGCUCUGAAGCUGGACCUGCCCUGCAGGGCUCCUCUGGGUAGAGGGGACAGGGCUAGGCCCAUACAACCCAGGUUAACCAAGCACUGGAUGUGGGCCACCCUGGAAAGGGACUAAGACAAGGUGUUAUUCAGCCAAGGCAAUCCCAGGAGGGGCUGACAGCUGAGGGCAGACCCUCAAGGACAUCCCCGGCAGCCAGGGAGUGUGUGCUGGGCCUGCUGUGAUGAGUCUGUAACUUAAUGCAUAUAAAACUGAUACAUAAAAGAGGUUCUUAAAGAAAAAUCAAGUAUCUGGUACCAAUCUCUAAAGGGUCAAAAAGAUAGCUUUUUAUUUCAAAGAAUAUAAGGAAGGGAACACAAAGAAUGUAUUAUAGGGAUACUAAUUACAUCAGGUGAUUGUAUUCUUUUUUUUAUUUUUGAAAACUGUCAAGCCUAAGAAAAGUUGUAAGAAUAGCACAAUAAACCCCUAUAUCUGUUCAUCUAGAGUCAUCAAUUAUCAUUUUGCCACAAUUACAUAAUUUCUUUAUGUCUAUCUAUACAUGUAAAGUAUUAUUAUUAUUAUUACAGGGUAAUUUGAGAAUACGUUUCAUUCACCAUGAUUCUUCACUUUUAAAUAUUUAAAAGUACAGCUCCUAAGAACAAGGACAGUCUUUUAUAUAAUCACAGUAAAUGGCUAAAUUUAAGAAAUUUCACAUUGAUAUAUUAUUUGAUACACCGAUCCAGAUCCAAAUUUUACCAAUUGCCCCAAUAAUGGCUUUUACAGCAGGUUUUUUUUUUUUUUUUUUUUUGAUCCAGGAUACAAACCAGGAUCACAGAUUUUCACGCCUUUUUGGUGUUAUUUAUUGUGGAACAAAUCUUCAGUUACUUGUCAUCUUUUAUGAUACUGACAUUUUUGAAGAGUACAGUCAGUUUAUUUGUCUGAUAUUUCCUUAUAGUUAGAUCCAAGUUACUAAUUUUUUUUUAUGGUAUCCUAUAUAAGUGAUUCUAUGUCCUGAAUUUUUUAAAACUUAAUUUUUGGAAGUUGUAGACAUAUAUGAAAGUCAUCAGAAUAGUAUAAUUAAUCCCAACAGACUCAUCAACCAAUUCAACAAUCAACAGCUCAAGGCAAACCUUGCUUUGUCUCUACUACCAUCUAUUCUUCUGUGUUGCUUUUAAGAACAUA